AUGGCAGACGAGGAAGAUGACUACAUGACCAUGACGUUUGGUGGGGACGAGGACAUUGGCGGUACUAAGAAGAAGCAUGCCGCCGAGACGUCUCUCCAGCGUCGCAUCCGUCUGGAACGCGAAGGCCGCGAGCGUGGCCGCAUUCCGUCCAAGGCCGAGCUGGCCAAGGCGGCCGAGGCCGAGCGCGAGGCUGCACUGAGUCAGUCACUCUUUGGCACACCGCCGCCCCGGCACGUUGGAGCUCAAAAGGCGACAACAUCCACAUCAACAUCAACAACACCAGCACCGGCAUCAAAAUGGCCGCUUGCACCAGCACUGGCGCAGCCGCCAAAGCCCGUCAGCAAGGGUUUCGCAAUGAUGGCCAAGAUGGGGUUCGUAGCGGGCCAGUCGCUGGGCAAGCGGCGCGAGGAGAGCAGCGGAGAGGCUGGGACGGAGAGCGGGGACGGCAGCAACGGAGACACGGACCAAGACAGGCCCGUGACAGAGCCCAUCCGGAUUCAAGUCAAGCGCGACCGGGCCGGUAUUGGCGCCGAAGAAGAGAGGAGGAAAGAAACGGAACGGGAGGCAAAAUCUGCUCAAGGCGACGGCCCAGACGCAAAGCGGCUGCGGCUCGACGACAUGGACCCGCUGGCCUAUCGCGAUCGACUACGACAGGAGCGCGAAGCGGGCCGUCUGGAGCGGCAGAUUCAUGCGGCGCAGGUCGUCGCGGAACGCAUGGCGAGAGGAGACGACGAGAACGAAGACGAGGCCAAGGCACAGGACGAGAUGCCUCUGUCCGCGGUCAAUGUCUUGUGGCGCGGCAUGGUCAAGGAGAGGCGCGCCAAAGAGCACGACCGAGAGCAGCGCAUAAAGGCACAGAAGUUGCUAGACGAUCGACUACGAAGCAUGGUCCACGGCGAUAAGGAGAAGACGGCAAAGUACGAAGCAUUUGAACAGGACAACGCCAGCGACGACGACGACGAUGGGAACGAUCGACUCGCGCGCGGACAAGGGCCCGACAAGCUGUCCUAUCUGAAAGGCAGUAUGAACACGUCGAUUUCCGUCGACGGCGACAAAGACGACGAGGACGAAGUGGACGACGACAACGAGGGCGACAAGGACGAGGAGCUCGAGGAGUUCAAUGCACUCGAGCCCCAGGAGCGGCUGCAAGCGGUCGUCGACUGGAUGCGGCAGAACCGCAGGUACUGCUUCUGGUGCAAAUUCAAGUACCCGGACGACGACCUCGACGGGUGUCCAGGCCCAACAGAAGAAGACCACGAUUAG